GUCUCCAUAUCGGUACGUACAAUGCAGAAUUAACGGAGACUUACGAGCAACUAUGAAAAGACAAUAUAUAAACUGCUAUAGACGCAUCUGAUGUUGAUUGAGAAAUCUCGUCUCCAGCCUCUAAAUUCGCGCAAGAUUCCUUCAACAUGACUGUCCCUUCAAUGACACUUUUUACUUGGCCGGAAGGUCUAUUCCCUAGACGUGUGACCCUGUAUCUCAAAGCGAAAAACAUCCCGCCACAUAUUCUCGAUGCACAUCUCAAAAUCGUCGACUACAAGCUCGACCUGUCAACUGGAGGCAUCGUAAGCGUCCACGAACCUGUGCCCGAGAAACCAGCCGGAUCAUGGCCCUGCAUGGUAGUCCACGCCGCCGAGCCAGGAGAACAGGACGUGGUGAUUCAUGAAUCGAUGUCGAUCCUUGAGUAUCUUGAGGACGUGUUCCAUGAUCAUGGUCGAGCGCUAUCAGGAUCUGAUGCACGAGCGCGAGCUCAUGACAGUUAUUACAAGUAGAAAGUAGACGUAAUUGAGGUCAUUGAAUGUAUUCUGUAAU